AUGCUCUCUCGAAAGAAAAGCAAAAACGAAGCCUCCAAACCAGCCGAAGUCCACGGGAAGUAUGUGAAGAAGGAAACCUCGCCUAUGCUCGGAAACCUUAUGCCCUCCUUCAUCCGUCAUGGCCCCACUAUCCCCAGACGAACAGAGGCUCCGCUACCAGAGAUGGGCCCCUCAACGUACAACGUGGCCCCCAGCAGAGAGCCUGUGGUGCGGAGGACCCCAGUGCAGCGCCCCCCGCAGGAAAUUGCACGCAGGGAGAGCCACCGCCUGUCCGCUCCGACGUAUCUGCCCCGGAGCCUGGGAGACCUGCCCCGAGAGUACGGAGGCUCCACACAUUCGUUCUUGAGCGACGUGGGGCCUCUGUCGGAGAACGGAGACGCCUCCCGGUUCUACUACCCCCCAGACCUGUACUACUCUAACCAGCCGCCGCAGAGGAGGCCCAACUUUCAGGAGGACUUCAGGUUCUGCGAGAGGAACGAGGUCCAGAGACACCCCAGAAACACGCCUCCAGGACAGGGCAGACCCACGGCAGGCAUUGGUCGUAUUCAGGCCAAGUCUAUGGGGAACCUGUCGAGCCUGACCCAGGACGACAUGCCGCUUCCGCCGGGCUGGACCGUGGACUGGACCAUCCGCGGCCGCAAGUACUACAUCGACAUGAACACCAACACCACUCACUGGAGCCACCCGCUGGAGAGGGAGGGCCUGCCACCGGGCUGGGAGAAAGUAGAGUCCGCCGAGUUCGGGGUUUACUACGUCCACCACAACACAAAGAGCGCGCAGUACAAGCACCCGUGUGCGCCCAGUGUUCCCCGUUACGACCAGCCGCCUCCACUCCCUCCCCCGGUCACGUAUCAGCCCCUCCCCCCAGAGAGGUGUCAGCCCGUCCUGGUGCCAGCGAACCCCUACCACGCAGCCGAGAUCCCGGACUGGCUCCAGGUCUACGCCAGGGCGCCAGUCAAGUACGACCACAUCCUGAAGUGGGAGUUGUUCCAGCUGGCCGACCUGGACACGUACCAGGGGAUGCUGAAGCUGCUGUUCAUGAAGGAACUGGAGCACAUCGUCAAGUCGUACGAGGCCUACAGACAAGCGCUGAUCUCUGAGGUAGAGGGACGCAAGCAGAGGCAGCAGCAGUGGUACGCGGCGCAGCAACCCAAGCAAAACUACAUAAAAAACAUGUGA